AUGCAAUAUAAUCUGUCAAUAAUCUUAAUCUUAUUAUUUAUAAUAAAUACUACUGAAUCAUAUGAUUUUCAUUAUCAUAAUUAUUCACAAAUAACUGAUCUUCUUCAUACUGUCGCUGUUCGUUUUCCAACAAAAACAGCUUUAUAUGAAAUAGGAAAAACUGAAGGAGGACGAUCAUUAUGGGCUCUAGCAAUAAGUGCAUAUUCUCCAGAUCAACAUGUUUUAUUACGUCCUGAAGUAAAAUAUAUUGCAAAUAUGCAUGGAAAUGAAGUAGUUGGCGUUGAAUUAUUAUUAUCUCUAAUUGAAUAUCUUAUAACAUCAAAUGAUAAUCAAGUUAUAGAAUUAAUAAAUUAUUCUCGAAUAUGGAUUAUGCCAUCAAUGAAUCCUGAUGGUUUAGAAUUAGCACAAUAUGGUGAUUGUGUAACAUAUAAUGGAAGAUUUACAUUGAAUGGUAUUGAUUUGAAUCGAAAUUUUCCUGAUUAUUUAGGUGCAGAACUUACACCACCAUUUCGUGCUAAAGAAACAAGUGCAGUUAUGUCUUGGCUAAAUUCUGUCCCAUUUGUUCUUUCAGCUAAUUUCCAUGGCGGUGCAUUUAUUGUUAAUAUUCCUUAUGAUCGUUAUUAUAUUGGAAAAGUAUCAACUAGUUCGGAUGAUGAUAUAUAUCAAGUAUUAGGACAAUCUUAUGCUAAUCGAAUAAGAGAAACCAAUAAAUUUUGUAAUUUACAAUUUGAUAAUGUUGGAACAGUAAUACGUGGCGCUGAUUGGUAUGAAAUUAUUGGUAGUAUGCAAGAUUAUGGUUACUUAAAUUAUGGUACCAUUGAAUUAACAAUGGAAGUCUCAUGUUGUAAAUACCCCUAUGAUAAUUUAUUAAUGUCAUAUUGGAAUUAUAAUCGUAAUGCUAUGAUUGAACUUUUAUUUCAAGCACAACGAGGAGUGAAAGGUUUAAUACUUAAUGAAAAUUAUCAACCUAUUCCCUUAACACAAGUUAUGAUCGAUGAUAGACGACCUGUCGUUAAUGUAACACCAUUAGGAGAGUUUUGGAGAAUAUUAUUACCUGGAACAUAUACGUUAAAGGUAUUUCAUCGUGGAUACGAAAUUUAUCGUCAACAAAUAUUAAUUAAAAAUAUAUAUAUGCCAUUAAAUUUAACAAUUAUUAUACCUCAAAUGGCAUAUCGUCAUUACGCAAAUCGACCAAUUCAAUUAUUAUCUCCAUUUGUAACUAAUUAA